UCUCCUUCUCCUUGUCUUGCUAUAAAAAAGAAGCUGUUCUCCAUUUGCUUAUUUCACGGGAAAAAUCUUUUUAAAAAACAUUCUAUCUUCCCCACAAGUUCUUGGCGUCUCUGCUAACUUUCCUCCCGAUUGUUCUGCUCUUAAAUCAAGGACGAGAUAGCUUACCCUUCACGCUAUAAACACACCUCUUCCCCGAUUUUUGUCCAGUUGUUUUUUUGUAAAAAAAAAAACUGAGAUAUGAGUGAACACAUGGUGGUAUAUGUCGAUCGACUGAGGCGGCCAGUUCUCGCGGGACCGUCUAGCCUCACGGCGAAGGAGGAUAAUGCAGUUUAUGUCUACGAUGAAGAUACUUUUGCUACGGAGAUGUGGUCGGCAGAGUGUCGUAUUUGUCAGGAGGAAUCCGCCAUUAUGAAUCUCGAGAGCCCGUGUGCUUGCAAUGGCAGCCUCAAGUAUGCUCACAGAAAAUGUGUUCAACGUUGGUGCAAUGAAAAGGGAAACACUAUAUGCGAGAUUUGUCAUCAGUCAUACCAAGCUGGAUAUACCUCUCCUCCACCUCCACUCCGGUCUGAAGAAACUACUAUUGACAUUGGUGGAGGAUGGACAAUCUCAGGUUUGGAUUUAGAUGAUCCACACCUCCUGGCAGUAGCAGAAGCUGAACGUCAGAUUUUAGAGUCUGAGUAUGAUGAUCAUACAGCUCCUGAUACCAGUCUUGCUGCAUUUUUCCGCAUAUCUGCCCUAAUUUUGAUGACUCUUUUAUUACGGUGCGCACUGACUAUACCAGAUUAUGCAGAUGGUGACACUUCUUCAAUACUUUCUCUUUUCUUACUCCGAGCUGCCACUUUUCUUCUUCCUUGCUACAUCAUGGCAUCAGCCAUUAGUAUCUUACAUCGGCGAAGGCAAAGACAGGAAGCAGCGGCUUUGGCAACCAGGUUUGCGUUGGUGCUCAGCUCACGUCAACCUAGAGCCAUGAUUAAUUACUUGUCCAUGGAGCCUUGAUUAACUUUUUGAUGGAAACUAUUGAAUUCAAACUUUGUUAGCUACAAGACAACCACAAGGGUUCUCUACAUGAAGGUCCUUCUGAAUCGGCUUUAUCACAAGUUAAAAGCUUAAAGAAGAAGUGUCCUAGCUUAAUGCAGAGCUUUUUUUCUUAAGUAAACGAAUCUAAUAAA